CUUCCUCCUGGGGGUCUUUUUUUCGGAGAGCAUCGCGCUCCAAUGUGCGCCGCUGUGCCCGCUGGAUGUUGAAAAUCGCACCGCGCGCGCCUCUCCAGGAGCCACCAUGUCCAACUCAACCCCCGACCCGUUCUACUCGUCUCCGUUCGGACCCUUCUACAGGAGGCACGCGCCCUACAUGGUCCAGCCCGAGUAUCGGAUCUACGAGAUGAACAAGCGGCUGCAGACGCGCACAGAGGAGAGUGACAGUUUGUGGUGGGACGCCUUCGCCACCGAGUUUUUUGAGGAGGACGCCACUCUCACACUUUCCUUCUGCCUCGAAGACGGACCAAAGAAAUACACGAUCGGCCGGACGCUGAUCCCCCGUUACUUCAGCACGGUGUUCGAGGGCGGGGUCACCGAGCUCCACUUCAUCCUCAAGCACUCCAAGGAGUCCUUCCACAACUCCUGCAUCACCCUGGACUGCGAUCAGUGCACCAUGGUCACCCAGCACGGGAAGCCAAUGUUUACAAAGGUGUGUACGGAGGGCCGCUUGAUACUGGAGUUUGCCUUUGAUGAUCUGAUGAGGAUCAAGUCGUGGCACUUUACCAUCCGGCAGUACCGAGAGCUCAUCCCCCGCAGCAUCCUGGCCAUGCACGCACAAGACCCUCAGGUGCUGGAACAACUGUCUAAAAACAUCACUCGCAUGGGUUUGACCAACUUCACCCUCAACUACCUCAGGCAGUUGUGUGUCAUCCUGGAACCCAUGCAGGAGCUCAUGUCAAGGCACAAGACCUACAACCUCAGCCCCCGGGACUGUCUCAAGACAUGCCUGUUCCAAAAAUGGCAGAGAAUGGUCACCCCACCAGCUGGACACCCACAGAACAUCAAAACGGAAAUAUUUCCCACAAAUCCCAAAAAAGGUCGCGCCAAAGCUGAGCCCGCCCGACAGACGACCACGAAGAGGAGGAAACGGAAGAACUCGGCCAGCAGCGCCAACAGCGCCGGCACCACGGCGAGCAAGAAGCGCAGCCCGGCCACCAACUUCAGCCUCUCCAGUCAGGUACCUGACGUGAUGGUGGUGGGCGAGCCGACCCUGAUGGGCGGCGAGUUCGGCGACGAGGACGAGCGCCUGAUCACCCGUCUGGAGAACACGCAGUACGACGCCGCCAACGGCCUGGACGACGAGGACGACUUCAACGGCUCCCCGGCGCUGGGCAACAGCGCUCCGUGGAGCAGCAAGCCCGGCGCCGCCCAGGACGGCAAGGCCGAGAGCGCGGCGCCGCAGCAGCCCUCGCAGUGAGGACGACGCAAGAAGAAGAAGAAGAAGAACAACAACAAAAACACAGAUCCUUGACCCCCCC